AUGGAGUUUCAUUAUACUAGUCAAACUCAAGCAGAAGGGCAAAUGAGAACAGACACUAAUCUUGAAUUCGAAGGUGUCGAGGACAGUGAUAUUUACUAUGCAGAGCUUAGGAAGCAGAUUUUGCUUUUGACAGCCGACGAUGACGAAGAAUUUGCUGUUACAAACCAUUCGAGAUUGGUUGAUAUUCAAAAGAAACAAGACUCAAACAGCUUAAGCAGCAGUACUUUUCCUACAACAUUACAGCCGGGAAGCUAUUUCGACUGGUGGGAGAGGCAGAAAACUGAUUCGGUACCAACUUGGCUUGAGAACUUAUGGAGAUCUAAUGGCAAUGGAACUGGGGUGUUCAUCCCUCAAAUUGUGAAACCUAGAAGAUAUAGGCAUGGUAUGUGCUACGAAUGA